AUGAAUUUAUCACAAGAAGGACCUAUGAAAAUUUGUAUUCUUUCUGCAACAGGUGGCAUAUGUAACGUCACCCUACAAGAGUCUGCAACAGGUGGUGGCAUUGCGACAUAUGAGGGUCAAUUUUUCAUCAUCUCAUUAUCAGGGUCAGUCAUGUUGUCAGAAAGUAGUAGAACAUGUGACCUUAAUGUGAUGUUAUCUAGGACAGAUCAUAUUGUUUUCGGCGGUAACGUUGCUGGAAAGCUCACAGCUGCUACUCCGGUGGUUGUGAGUAGCUUCAUUCCAGAAAAGGGAAAGCCUGAGUCUAAGGGUGAUGAUGAUGCUCCCAAGGGUAUUAGACUCGUUGAUCCCCCCACAACUUUGUAG